AUGAACUCGCAACCCAACGAUCCCGCUGUCCCAUCAUCAGGCGAGAUGGCUAACGAACAAUCUGGACUUCCACAUGCUAGUCCACAACCUAUUUCUGGAUCGCCUCUUACAGGCGAUCCUCGUCACCACAGAGCACCUAGUCUGGGUGAGAUACAUCAAGUUAUAGAGGCGGAGCAGGAAGGUCAAGUGAAUCGUCUCUUGCACAUGAUCCGACAGCAACAACUAGAGCUCCAGCGCCUUCAAGCUGCCAACCCAAACAACCAGAACCAAGGCUCAGCCGUAGACGACAGUAGCGCCAUUGCCGAGCGGCCAGGCCAUGGAACCCCCCACGCCUCGAGCUCUCAUGUGUCUAUUCCUCAUGUUCCCACCGGUGACUCAGGCUCUCGCUCCAACAAUCAUCGUCACCCUCGCAGCUCGUUCGACUUAGCCCGGCGCUCGAGAACACCCAGCCGUAGCGGCGCUUCUCCGAGACUUCGCUCAACGUCCAUAGGUGGAAACAGCGAGGACUGGGUCCUAGGCGGCCGGGACGAAAGUGCGUUUUACCAGGCCGAGACUCAGAUGCUCAACCGUGAAAAUCAGAUGCUUCGUAAUCGCAUCCGAGAACUAGGCGGCGGUGUCGUCGGGCUUGCUGUAGCCCGCCAGCUGGCACAGAGAGAUGGCACUUCGACCGUACUCAUCGAGCGCCAUGAUGCCAUCGGCACAGAGACAAGUUCUCGCAACAGCGAAGUCAUUCACGCGGGUAUCUACUACGGACCAUCGAGCUUAAAGACAAAGCUUUGUAUUCGCGGCAAGAAUCUGCUCUAUGAGCUCUGUGACAAACAUGACAUCGGCCAUCGCCGCACUGGCAAAUGGAUCGUCGCCCAGAACGAGGACCAGCAAGAAAUUCUUGAAAAGCUUCAUGCCCUAUGCAAGAACGAGCUCGGUGUUCCGGCGAGGUGGGUCAGCGGCGAAGAGGUGAAGAGGGAUGGUGAGGGUGUCCAGGCUGCGUGUGCGCUCGAGAGUCCAACAACAGGCAUCGUGGACUCGCACGGCUUGAUGUUGUGUCUACAGGGCCUGUUUGAAGACGCUGGCGGUGUUGUGGCGCUCAAUUCACCCGCUUCGAACAUCACUCCUCUCGGAUCCAAGCCCGGUAACGAGGGUUGGGAAAUUGAGGUCAAAGAUGCUUCCACUGGCGAGACGUCGAGUAUCACGACCGAGACGCUCAUCAAUGCUGCGGGGCUUGGAGCGGCGGUCAUUCACAAUAUGAUAGUACCUUCUAAUGAGCGUCAGAAGUUGUACUAUGCCAAGGGUAAUUACUUCUCAUACUCGGCAUCUCAACCCAAGAUCUCACGACUUAUUUACCCGGUGCCUGAGCCUGGCAUCGCAGGUUUGGGCACCCAUCUUACGCUCGAUCUUGCGGGCCGUCUACGCUUCGGCCCUGAUGUUGAGUGGAUUGAUGACCCUAGUGAUCUGGCCGUCAAUGCGGAACGACUGCCGCAGGCCAUUAACGAGAUCCAACGUUAUCUACCGGGUAUCGAUGCCUCGGCCUUGGUAGCAGACUAUGCUGGUAUCAGGCCCAAACUAGCCGGUCAAGAUGCUGUUCGCCAGGGCAAAGGAUUCCAAGACUUUAUUAUCAGGAAAGAAGAAGGGUAUGAGGGCUGGGUAAAUCUUCUAGGCAUUGAAAGCCCUGGGUUGACAAGUUCCUUAGCCAUCGCUGAAAUGGUGCAUAAUCUACUGUAUGGAUCUACAAAGCCAUUAUAA